AUCCUAGAUGGCGUGGGUUCAAAUCCCACUCUCUGCAUUUCUAUACUUUUUGGUGGGUGGGUUGAGUUCUGAACGUAACUAUGGUGGUGAGAAAGGACGUUUUGGUGUGUUGUUGUUCUUAUUGUUUUUGGUAAAGGUUUCUGCCCUGUAUAUAUUGGACGCCAGAGGAAGGGUACUUAUUUCACGAAAUUAUCGAGGAGACGUUCCAGUCGAUGUGAUAAGUCAAGUGAAACUAAAAGUCAUCGAGGCAGAAGAUGAUAGCUCCACAAAACCCAUUCUCCACGAUGAGCAAAGAGGAUAUUCUUUGGCUUUCAUCAAAGUGGCGGAUAUUUUUCUAGUAGCUGUCACCAGAACCAACGCGAACGCUGCACUUAUGUUGUCUUUUUUAUAUCGUGUUGUGCUCGUAUUUCGUGAAUAUUUCAAGGACGUUGAGGAAGAGUCUAUUAGAGAUAACUUUGUCCUUAUUUAUGAACUUUUGGACGAAAUGAUGGACUUUGGUUUUCCACAAAGUACGGAAAGCAAGGUUCUCCAGGAGUACAUAACGCAAGAGCGACAUGUUUUAGAAAGUCCACGUCCCCCGAUAGCUGUGACGAAUGCUGUUUCUUGGCGUUCAGAGGGAGUGAAGCACCAGCGUAAUGAAGUUUUUUUGGAUGUGAUUGAGAAAGUUAAUCUUCUCGUGGGAGCCAAUGGAAAUUUGCUCUAUUCUGAAAUUCUAGGUCAAAUGAAAAUGAAGUCAUAUCUUAGUGGCAUGCCAGAACUCAAGUUGGGUUUGAACGACAAACUACAGUUUGAGGCAACCGGAAGACCUGGACAAGGUCGUGCUGUAGAGCUAGAAGAUAUAAAGUUUCAUCAAUGCGUUCGCUUAUCUCGGUUUGAGACCGAUCGAACAAUUUCUUUUAUUCCUCCGGAUGGGGAGUUUGAACUGAUGAGUUAUCGUUUAAGUACUCCAAUGCGUCCACUGAUCUGGGUUGAUGCCAUGAUUGAGUUUCAUCCCUAUCGUGUUAAUUACACUAUUAACGUCAGAGCGCAAUUUAAACCGAAAUAUACAGCUAAUUCUGUGAAAAUUCAUAUUCCGACACCUCCUGAUGCCGAUACUCCUUCGUUUAAAAGCGCAUCUGGACGAGUGAAAUAUACUCCUGAAAAGGAUGUUGUGGUAUGGUCGUUGAAGCAUUUACAUGGAGGACAAGAACUUGUUGUUAGAGGUUAUUUUGGACUUCCUUCGAUUCCAUCCUCUGAAAACCGAGAGCAGGCUGUACGUCGUCCCAUAUCCGUGGAGUUUGAGAUUCCUUAUUUUACAGUAUCCGGAUUACAAGUUCGUUAUUUGAAAAUUAUUGAGAAGAGUGGUUAUCGUGCACUUCCUUGGAUUACCAAUUGAGAAUGGCCUAAAAAUAUUCAUUGCC